AUGUAUCAAGCUAACGAUUAUAUUGAUGAAUGUGCGACUGGUGACGCCGUAUGCUCACCAGAUGCAUAUUGCGUUAACACUGAAGGAGGAUAUGAAUGCGUUUGUAGGGAUGGCUUUAUGGGUGAUGGAGAGACAUGCUUCGAUAUUGAUGAAUGCGAUCCUGGUGAACGUUUGGAUAACUGUGACCGAGAAACGCAAAUUUGUAUCAACAUUAUUGGAUCCUUCAAUUGUUCGUGUAAGAAAGGCUAUGAACUCACACCACNAGGAUGCAUUGAUAUCGACGAGUGUCUAUCACCGGAAAACAACGAUUGUGCCUCAAAAGGAGGUAUCGUUCCAAUGAAGUGCGUCAAUGGUCCCGGUUUCUACACAUGCAUUUGUCCAAAUGGUUACAUGCAAAUCGAACCAAACGUUUGUGCAGAUAUCAACGAAUGUAACUCACAACCGUCAGUAUGUCCAGAAACCGAAGCAGACUUUUGCAACAAUCUUGAGGGUUCAUUCGCGUGCCAGUGUAAGGAUGGCUAUCGUAAGCCAAGAAAGUGCAAAGAUCCAACGAGAUGCCCUUGUCAGAACAUCAACGAAUGUUUAACGGUGCGUGAUAAGAAUGUGGAAGACAGGUAUGGUAGACAGAUACAAGUGAGUGGCCAGGGUGUCAAGAAGAACGGCAAACUGAGACGAGCAUGCGGUAGUGGUGCAAAAUGCAUAGAUAUACCUGGAUCUUACCUGUGCGAAUGUGCACCAGGUUAUGCCGGUGAUCCGUACGGAAAGGGUUGUGAAUUGAUGGAUGCAUGUGCUGCAUUCAAUCCGUGCGACAUUAUUACUCAGGUUUGUAAGUCAGCGAAUAACGAAGCGUAUUGCGUUUGCAAGGAAGGAUUCCUCAAUAAUGCUGUCGAUAUGUGCGUUCCGGAUCCAUGCCUUAUAGACAACGGUGGAUGUGGUAGGGAUGCGACAUGUAGACCAACAAGAGUCGAAGAACUAAUUGUGCCUAAAUGUCGUUGUCCUGUAGGAUUUGAACUGGAUUUCGAGAAUAACUGUAUACCUAUUGAUCACUGUAAAUGCCAGGUGAAGACACCAUUGGGUAUCCCAUGUAAGAGUGAAGUUAUGUGUAUCGGUGUGGAUAUGUUAUGCGUAGACUAUGGUACUGAGUACAACUGUACUUGUCAAAGUGGCUAUACACUUUCACCAGAUGGAACGCAGUGCAUAAAUAUCGAUGAAUGCGUUGAA